AUGGAUCCGGUUGAUGCAGAAAUUGCAAAGACACAGGAAGAAAGGAAGAUUAUGGAGGCAGCCCUAGCGCCAAACUCCAUUACUUUUGAUACUGAGCUUUAUGAUGGGAGCAAUCGGUUUCAGGAUUAUAACAGGGAGAUUCCUGCUAAUGAUGAUGAAGAGAACGCUGAUGCCAUGGAUAAUGAGGUUGCUAGGAAAUUAGCUUCUUACACUGCCCCAAGGUCUCUCUUGAAUGAUAUGCCCAGAGGUGGAGAUGAUGACGAAUCUUUGGGGUUUAAGAAAUCACAGAGGAUUAUCGACAGGGAGGAUGACUACAGAAGAAGAAGGUUGAAUCAGGUUAUCUCACCAGAAAGACAUGAUGCUUUUGCAAAUGGGGACAAAACUCCAAAACCUGAAACAAGAACAUAUGCUGAUAUUAUGAGGGAAGCUGCUUUGAAAAGAGAGAAAGAGGAGACAUUGAAGGUGAUUGCUAGGAGGAAAAAGGAAGAGGAAGAGAACAAAGCAGCUGGAAAGGAAAGGGAACCAGCUGCUACACAGCCAUCUCAAAAGAGAAGAAACAGAUGGGAUCAAAAUCAAGACAAUUCAGAUGCAAAGAAAGCAAAAAGUGGUUCUGAUUGGGAUAUGCCAGAUUCAACUCCAGGGAUUGGAAGAUGGGAUGCUACUCCAACUCCGGGUAGAAUCGGUGAUGCCACUCCUUCUUUAUCCCGGAAAAACAGAUGGGAUGAAACUCCUACACCUGGUCGUUUGGCUGAUUCCGAUGCUACCCCUGCUGGUGGGGCCACUCCAGGUGCUACUCCAGCUGGAAUGGCAUGGGAUGCUACUCCAAAGCUCUCUGGCCUUGCUACCCCUACACCAAAACGCCAAAGAUCAAGAUGGGAUGAAACUCCAGCUACCAUGGGAAGUGCGACACCUGGCGGUGCUACACCCGCAGCCGCCUACACACCUGGCGUGACACCUGUCGGUGGGGUCGAACUCGCCACCCCAACUCCCGGAGCUAUAAAUCUCCGUGGCGCCAUCACACCUGAACAGUAUAACUUACUUAGAUGGGAGAAAGACAUUGAAGACAGGAAUCGCCCUUUAACAGAUGAAGAACUUGACACCAUGUUUCCUCAAGAAGGCUACAAGAUUCUUGAACCUCCACCUUCUUAUGUCCCAAUCAGAACUCCUGCAAGAAAGCUUCUUGCUACCCCAACUCCUCUUGGAACACCUCUGUACUCGAUUCCUGAAGAAAACAGGGGACAACAUUUUGAUGUUCCAAAAGAAAUGCCAGGUGGGCUUCCGUUCAUGAAGCCAGAAGAUUAUCAGUAUUUUGGCGCUUUGUUAAACGAAGAAGACGAAGAGGAACUCUCUCCAGAUGAACAGAAAGAGCGAAAGAUCAUGAAACUUCUUCUCAAGGUCAAAAAUGGAACUCCCCCUCAAAGGAAAACCGCUUUGAGACAGCUCACUGAUAAAGCCCGUGAACUUGGUGCUGGACCUUUGUUCAACCGUAUUCUUCCUUUACUUAUGCAGCCUACUUUGGAAGAUCAAGAGAGACAUUUGCUUGUGAAAGUUAUUGAUCGAGUCCUUUACAAACUCGAUGAACUCGUUCGACCUUAUGUUCACAAGAUUCUUGUUGUGAUUGAACCUUUGUUGAUUGAUGAAGAUUAUUACGCGCGUGUUGAAGGUAGAGAAAUCAUCUCCAAUCUCAGUAAAGCAGCCGGUUUAGCCACCAUGAUUGCUGCAAUGCGUCCGGAUAUCGACAACAUCGAUGAAUAUGUCAGAAACACAACUGCUAGAGCUUUCAGUGUUGUUGCAUCAGCACUUGGCAUCCCUGCUUUGUUACCAUUCUUGAAGGCUGUUUGUCAGAGUAAGAAGUCAUGGCAAGCAAGACACACAGGUAUCAAGAUUGUUCAACAAAUCGCCAUUCUUAUCGGUUGUGCUGUUCUUCCUCACUUGAGGUCUCUAGUUGAGAUCAUAGAACAUGGUCUUAAUGAUGAAAAUCAGAAAGUCAGAACAAUUACUGCUUUGUCCUUAGCUGCUCUAGCCGAGGCUGCUGCUCCCUAUGGUAUUGAAAGCUUUGACUCGGUUCUUAAACCGUUAUGGAAGGGUAUCCGGUCCCACCGUGGUAAAGUUCUAGCUGCUUUCUUGAAGGCAAUCGGGUUUAUCAUCCCUCUAAUGGAUGCUAUUUACGCGAGUUACUACACAAAAGAAGUUAUGGUGAUUUUGAUUCGUGAGUUCCAGUCACCAGAUGAAGAAAUGAAGAAGAUUGUUCUGAAAGUGGUGAAACAGUGUGUGAGUACAGAAGGUGUUGAGGCUGAUUACAUUCGUAGCGAUAUCCUACCGGAAUUCUUCCGGAACUUUUGGGUGAGACGAAUGGCAUUGGACAGAAGAAACUACAGACAGCUUGUUGACACGACAGUGGAAAUUGCAAACAAAGUUGGUGUUCCCGACAUUGUUGGAAGAAUAGUUGAAGACUUGAAAGAUGAAAGCGAGCCUUACAGACGAAUGGUGAUGGAGACAAUCGAAAAAGUUGUAGCAAAUUUGGGUGCUUCCGACAUCGAUCCACGAUUAGAAGAGCUUUUGAUCGAUGGGAUUUUGUAUGCUUUUCAAGAGCAAACAAGCGAUGACGCGAAUGUAAUGCUUAACGGGUUUGGUGCGGUUGUGAAUGCUCUUGGUCAACGAGUCAAACCUUAUCUCCCUCAAAUCUGUGGUACCAUAAAAUGGCGUCUAAACAACAAAAGCGCCAAAGUCAGACAACAAGCAGCUGAUUUAAUUUCAAGAAUCGCAGUUGUCAUGAAACAGUGUCAAGAAGAACAACUAAUGGGACAUCUUGGAGUUGUGUUAUACGAGUAUUUAGGAGAAGAAUACCCUGAAGUUUUGGGGUCUAUCUUGGGCGCAUUAAAAGCAAUUGUGAAUGUUAUCGGUAUGACGAAAAUGACCCCCCCGAUAAAAGACCUUUUGCCACGUUUAACCCCUAUCUUGAAAAAUCGUCACGAAAAGGUCCAAGAAAACUGUAUCGAUUUAGUCGGACGUAUCGCUGACCGUGGAGCUGAAUUUGUCCCCGCAAGAGAAUGGAUGCGAAUCUGUUUCGAGCUUCUGGAGAUGCUAAAAGCCCACAAAAAAGGAAUCCGUAGAGCCACAGUCAACACAUUCGGCUACAUUGCAAAAGCAAUUGGGCCACAAGACGUGUUAGCAACUCUACUCAAUAACCUAAAAGUCCAAGAGAGACAAAACCGCGUUUGCACCACUGUAGCAAUCGCAAUCGUGGCUGAAACAUGUUCGCCAUUUACGGUUCUCCCCGCGUUGAUGAACGAGUAUCGUGUCCCGGAAUUGAAUGUUCAAAAUGGUGUUUUGAAAUCGUUAUCUUUUCUUUUUGAAUAUAUCGGUGAAAUGGGGAAGGAUUAUAUCUACGCGGUGACUCCGUUGCUUGAAGAUGCGUUGAUGGAUAGGGAUUUGGUGCACAGACAGACGGCAGCGAGUGCGGUGAAGCACAUGGCGUUGGGGGUGGCGGGGUUGGGGUGUGAGGACGCGUUGGUCCAUUUGUUGAAUUAUGUGUGGCCGAAUAUAUUUGAGACGUCCCCUCAUGUGAUAAACGCGGUGAUGGAGGCGAUUGAGGGGAUGAGGGUGGCGUUGGGGGCGGCCGUGGUGUUGAAUUACUGUUUGCAGGGGCUGUUUCAUCCGGCCAGGAAGGUGAGGGAGGUGUAUUGGAAGAUUUACAAUUCGUUGUAUAUUGGGGCUCAGGAUGCACUUGUUGCGGCUUAUCCUGUGUUGGAGGAUGAAGGGGAGAAUGUACCAAAAGCAUUGUGUAAAGGUGGAUCAGUAGUCUACAUGUCUUGUCAUCUUGAUGAUGAAGAGGUAGGAAAAAGCAGCACAUUGAUUACCUGCAGUUUUCCCCUUGAAACAAUGAAUGGUGUAUAA